AUGAAGAAGCAAACACCAAAGCAACGCCAGGUGGCAGCAGACCACGCCAGGAUUGUGCGUCUGUGGCUGGGCGGCAUGCCAGUGAUAAUGGCAUCACUCGGAUAUAAUGCAAUUGUGGUUGCCGCCACCUUGGUAGCUGUUGUACCUAGAGAAAUUCAGAAACUGGACGGACCCGUGGAGCAGGUUGGCGUGGAUGUGGGCGUGAUGGUGGGUCAGGUAGUGAAGCACCAUCUCACCGGCUGUCACCUGGUGCUCAUCACCACUACACAACACUCACAAGUACUCUCCAGUAUAAUAAGACACAUGGGUGUGGGUGUGGAGGCUGGCGUGAUAGUGGAGGCAGGGUGGGAGUUGUCUCAGGACCAGCUGACCCAGGACCACCUCCUGCAGGGGCUAUGGGGAGACACCAGAACCACCUGCCGGGCCCUCAUCCUCGACCUCUCAAUCAGUAACAACAAUACCCACCGUAUGUUCAGGUUGGCAGAGGCGGCAGGACUGUGGAAGUUGCCAGAGACGCGGGUGGUGGUGGUGGGUGGGAGGGCAGGAGUGAAGGACGUCCUCCUCCACCAUAGUCUCCGUAACACCGUCCACGGCCUCUACCUGGCCCUCCACGACCUCCCCCUUCACACCCCACAGCGUUACGGUAACUCACGCCUCAAGAAGGUUCUCUCGCUGCAAGCAUCAGUGACUGAGCGUGUGUGGGUAUACAGGCGGUGUCUCUACUGCAACAUCGGGAAGGCAGACGUCCAGUUUGUUCAUGAGUGGGACCUCAACUCACUCUCCGUACACCUUGAUGACCUCUUUCUUGAUCAGUUCCGCAACUUCUUGGGCCACAAUAUGAAGUACUCAACAGUGAGCUACUUCCCUUACAUGGACUACACACUAGACAACAAGGACCCAGGCAGCACAUUCACGCCCCUGGACUCACUUAACACUCGGUUGUUUUCCGUUUUCGCCAAGACCUUUAAUAUCAGUAUUGACGUCCAUGAGCAGCCUGAACGUGCCUGGGGAGUACAAAAGGACGGCAAGUUUAACGGGAUAGUGGGUGAACUCCAGCGAGAGGAGGCAGACUUUUCUGGGCCAAUGGGUCCAUUAGCAGAGCGGAUUAAGAUUAUGGAGUUCCUCCCAGCAUAUAAGGUUGACGUACUGAGCAUAGUAUCAUUAAAACCCAGUAACCUGCCUCAGCAACUCUCAAUAAUUAGACCCUUUGCAGGCGAACUCUGGGUAGCAGUGCUGGCAAGUGUGGUAGGGUGGGGAAUGACACUUUGGCUUCUGCAAAGCACAUGGAGUAGGAUAGCAGGAAGUCAUGGUGUUAGGUUCAGCACUUCCAUCCUGUACGGCUGGGGCGCUCUUCUGGAGCAGCCACCCUCCAACCCUGCAAUAAGCGACUCAGGAAGAGUGCUGGUGGGGCUGUGGCUAAUGUUCUGUGUAGUCAUCAUCACAGGAUUUCGUUCGUCGUUAAUCGCACAUCUGACGGUCCAGGGAAAGUCCAAACCCCCUGAAACUUUCGAGGAUCUGGUGUCUCUUAACCACUGGAGGUGGGGUAUUGAGUCCUGGAUCCUAAAUGGAGCAGUCCUGUUAUAUUUCUCAAAACACAGUGACCCGGUGGUACAGCAGAUAUAUAGGGACAAAGAGAUUCUACCAGCAGCAGAGGGACUACAGAAGGUGAGGGCUGGGGGAUAUUCUUUCCUCAGCAUCAAUUACUACAUCACUGUCGUCGUCGCCUCUCAGUACACCGACAGUUAUGGCCAAACACCCUUCUACAUCAGCAAAAAGGGAAUCGAACUAUUAGCUGCAUUUGGAUGGGCGUUCAGGAAAGGGGCUCCAUUUUACCAGCGUUUUACGCAACUGAUGUUACGGUUGGAAGGCUCAGGUAUUAUAUCAUACUGGACUGAAGAGUUGUUAUCCCAGCGGGUGAAGAAGAACAAAGAGACUGCAGCACUCGACCCUAUGGCAGUUGGUGGGAAUACUCUGGACGACAGCACUGAAGUGACCUUGGGGCUGAACCACCUUCAGGGUGCCUUUUACCUGCUGUUCCUGGGCUCUCUCCUUGCCUUCCUCACCUUGCUGUGGGAAAAACUCCCACGCUCCAGCUCCUCGCCGCAGUAAUGCUCCUUUAGCUCACCAGACCACUGACCAGGAAUGAUUCUUCUGAACGCAAGCAUAACUUUCCUCACCCAACUACGGGAGACAACAAGGCUCCUCACUUCAUAAUGUCCUUCUUGCAACAGCAGACUUCACACCAUAAAUCAAUUAUAAGAUUUGUAUUUUUGCUCGGUGAAAUAGCUGAUUGUAUAGUUAUAAUUCAACUAUAUUUAAAAAUGACAAUUACGUAUUACAUCUCAAAAUUCCUUCAGUUUAGAUGUAGUGCUGUAGUGCACUCUUACGUACUCUUAUCGUGCGUGACUCCAUAAACUCUCUUUCCGUUUUUGUCACCCUAAUCACAUAAACCUUCCUACUUAUAUUAGGAGUUUCUGUUCUUUAUUCUAACUUCUUACCUUCACAAUUCAUCAUUAUAUCUGAGUGUAGUGCAGGCGGUCGCGCGCUCCACUUGGGACGCACGUACAUUUGUCGAUCUUUAGAUCAUAAUUUAUUGUAAACGGCAGUUCGUGAAUCAGAACAUCGAUUAGUGCAACAACUGUUAAAAAAGAUAAUUUGUAGCAUCUUUUGUACCACACUUUCAAUUUCACUUAGAAGUGAACCAUCUCAGCUAGUUUCAGCAAAAAUAUAUUAAACAACAGUCCAAAACAUAGGCAACCAAUUUGCAGAGUAAAGUAUUACCUGCAUUAGAAGUCCAGCCUCAUAGAAGUUUCCAAGGGCACAAUAAAUAUUUCAACUAAAUAUUAAUUUGCACAGAAAAUGUUAUAGCAUAAAUGCAGCACUGUGGAAAAAUAUUAUGCAGAAUUGUCCAAGCCUUCACUAAAUUUUUUUAAAU